UGCUCCGCUCCUCGUGAGGUUCGUUCUGCUGCCGCAUUUCAGUCUUUGCAGACCCUCGGCGGGGGCGGGGUCACUUGUCCACGCUAUGGAGUGUGAGGCAGAAUCUAGGCCUCUUCUGCCUUUCCACCUCCCUUCAAAUCACAAGCGGGCAGCUACCCGGGAGAUGCAAGUUCAGACAUCGGAGGCGCCCGUGUGGGCUGCAGUGGCCGCGAUCCAGGCCGUGGACCAGACGGUGGAUACCCACACCAUGCGCUUGCUGCACCUGGAGGGCAGGAUGGGCUCAGCCGAGAAAAAGCUGACCGGCUGUAAAAGGACCGUGGUGGAAACGGAAAAGCGGCUGGAGAGCACGUGGGCCUCCUUGGGAGUUUUAGUGGAGAAGUUUGGGCAGCUGCAGAGGAGGCUGGAGAACGUGGAGAACCUUCUCAAGAACCGGAACUUCUGGAUCCUGAGGCUCCCCCCAGGCACCAAAGGAGAAACCCCCAAGGUGCCAAUCACCUUUGAUGACAUCUCCGUCCACUUCAACGAGCAGGAGUGGGGUGAACUGGAUGAAUUGCAGAAGGAUCUUUACAAGACGGUCAUGAAGAGCAACUUUGAGACUUUGGUCUCACUGGACUACGCUGUGGCCAAGCCCGAAAUCCUAUCCCGGAUGGAUCAGGGGCAGGAGGCGUGGGAGCACGGCCGUGGAGUUUCGUGGGGGGACAGCGCCCACCUGGACUUUGGCACAGACUCCCCAGUUGCUCUGGUGGACGUUUCUUCGUGGCUUCAGCAAGAGGUGGAGGAACCACCAGGUGGGAAUGCUGAGCCAGCUGAGAAGGCGAGAGAGGUCAGCGGUGGCUCUCACACAGCCUCUGCUCUUGCAAUGGUGGACACUUCCUUGCCAUUGAAGGAGGAGCUGCAAGAGGUGCACUUUGACCGAGGACCCUGCAGGGGAGGAGAUCUCAGCCGUAGCUCCAGCCUGGAAUAUGGAGCCAUCGCGGCGGAAGACAGGCCUGUCCCUGGACCGCAAGGAAGCCCACACGCCCAGGAGCCGCUGUUCCUUGGUGAAGGUCCCAGCACUGGUACGGCCCCCUUUCUGCCAUGGGCUGCUGCUGCUGCCGCCGACAUGGGACACACGCUGCACGAACAUCACCGAGGACGUUUCUACGGAAUGAUGCAGGAGAUCCUGUCUACAAAACGCGAGGACAACAACAGCUACAUUAACCGUGACCGGUACAGGACGUUGAUUGAAGAAGUCAAAGAGGCCAAAAGGCUUCGCAGCAAGAAAGGCAAGCACUACCGGCGCCUCAGGCGCUUCAACGUCCUGAACGUCGGGGAGGAAGAGAAGCUGGUGGUGCCCGUCUCUCCGGGGCACAUGGAGGCCGUGUUCUUUGUUCAGUAUGAGGAUCUGUUUGAUAUUCUCCAUGAGGCACAUAUGACCAUUGGCCACGGGGGCCGAACCAGGAUGCUGAAAGAACUUAGCCGUAAGUAUAAAAACGUCACUGCUGAAGCUGUAAUGACUUACCUGAAGCUCUGCGAACUUUGUCAAAAAAAGCAGAGCGCACCCAAGAAAGGUUUAACUGCAAGACCGGCGUUGCGCAGUGAAAUGGAUUCUGACUGUCCAUUUGAUAUCAUUUAUAUGUGAAACUGUUGCCACGGUGGACUUGAAUGUGGACUGUUAUGAAGCUCACCUGGCAGAAUGUGUUAAAGAUGCGCUGCUAACAAUUAAGCAGAUCGUAGAUGCUUAAUUUGGCCUCUGUAGCUUGUAGAAGAAAAGAGGAUCUUGUGUAAUUUGAAGAUAAAAUCUGAAAACCUGGUUCGCUUUCUAUAGGCCUGGAGAGUUCUCAAGGCUUCUCUCAUGCUGGUAGUUAGAAAGGAGUACUGACUCUACAGAAGCCCACUUUGGCCAAAAAUUAUCCGGCAUCAUUAAAGAUGCCUUUGGUCCUCAAGUUUCACAAAAACAAUGGCAGAAAUCCAUGCCUGUUUGACAUCACUCGUUCCCUGUUGAAGAGCGCUAUAAAAAUGAAGAAGCCCCAUUCCGAAGCGGCUCAGACUCCUUAGCAGAAAACCAUCCCACCAUGGCUGACUCCUGUGGAACUAGUUUUUAUUUUGAGCAUAGACUGGAGGGCCUGCAAGACUCACCCUCUCUUGCUGCAGCAACCAGUUCUGAGAAGAGAGCUUGUCCUUGGGAGGGACAUCCCAAGGUUCCUUGGGUGAGGCCCGGUCUUGGUGGGAAGAUCUCUUGUCAUGGGGAAAAUGCUGCCACUUGUGGAAUAAAUUCAUGAGGUCUAACCCAGAGCCCUUAGAGGAUUUGCGCACUUCAAUUCUCAGGCACAACUUCCGUUUUUGGGCGAGGCUGAAUGGGAUCAGGAAAAUCCCCUAAAAUAAACAAGCAUUCCCCUUCCUGUUGAUGCCGAUGUGUUGUCUCUCCUCCUUUGGGGUCGCUGAUUCUGGACUAUAGUUUGGUUUCUAAUAGUUUUAGGCUACCAGAAUGAAUGGGAUGAAAUCCUACUGUCAGAGUCAAUGAAGCUAUGUUAGAAUGAGGGAAAUGGAUGUAGUGCCAGUGCCGCCUUUCACACGUUAGCCCAGUGAUGGCGAACCUAUGGCACGGGUGCCAGAGGUGGCACUCAGAGCCCUCUCUAUGGGCAUGCACAAACAGAGUUGCCCUCCCCCCUCCAUAUCUAGGUUGGCUUG